AUGGGUCUAUCUUUCUGGCCAGAUAAGGAGAAGGGCGGGAAUCUAAGAGUGCAGGCUAACAACAGCUCCGAGGAGAGCAUUAUUCGCGAUGGUGACAUCAAAUUCACCGCAGUAGAAGGUGCAAACUCCACCACCGUGACAUAUCAAGAUGCAGCUGGUGCACCAGUCGAAAAAAACUCUCCACUGGGGUACUCAGUGAGCUUUUGGAUUAGCUUGUUUCUGAAUAUCAACCAGAUGGUCGGAACGGGUAUUUUCUCGACGCCCGCCACUAUUCUCAAAGGUGUCGGCUCUGUCGGUCUGACAAUGAUAUACUGGUUCAUCGGGUAUCUUCUAUCCCAAAGUACGCUGGCGGUAUAUCUAGAACUCUCCGCAUGUUUCCCCAGCCGCUCCGGAUCAGAGGUCGUGUAUCUCGAACAAGCGUACCCGAAACCAAGAUACUUUUUCCCUACAAUCUUCGCCAUUAAGCAUGUUGUAUUUGCAUUUGCAAGCAGCAAUGCCAUUGUUUUUGCCGAAUAUAUGUUUGGGCUUGCGGGGUCGUCGUACACUGCUUGGCAAUUAAAAGGGGUGGCUGUGGCUGUAUAUACGGUCUCAUUGAUCGUGGUUAGUGCAAAUACUAAGUGGUCGCUAAGAAUUGUCGUAUUUUUCGGCGUGGUCAAAAUCGCGACAUUGAUUUUAAUCUCUAUUGCGGGUCUCGUCGUUCUUGGAGGACAUACGAAAAUCGCUGAUCCCAACAUCAACUGGAGGAAUGCCUGGGAGGGGACGUCCACUGCAUCGGCAUACGGCGCAACAAAUGCCAUGAUUAAAAUUAUCUUUUCCUAUGCCGGCUACACCAAUGCGUUUGGGGUUAUAAACGAGAUUAAGAACCCCACUAAAACACUUCGCUGGAGUGCUCCAUUCUCCCUCCUCCUUGUCACAGUUCUUUACAUUCUGGUCAACGUCGCUUACUUCUCUGCCGCAUCGAGAGAGGAAAUUUUACAGUCCAAGCAGAUUGCCGCAGCAAUCUUUUUUCAAAAACUGUUCGGGUCUACUAAUAAAGCGUCUCGUGCAUUGAACGUGCUUAUUUGUAUGAGUGCAUUCGGGAAUUUGGUCGCUGUCAUGAUUAAUUCUUCUCGAAUCCUUCGGGAAACUGGGAGACAAGGAGUCCUUCCGUGGUCAAAGUUCUGGACCAAUGUAAAGCCAUUCGGGACACCAUUAGGGCCAUACGUAUUUCAAUGGUCAAUUACAAUAGUCAUGAUCAUUGCACCUCCAGCAGGAGAUGCUUUCAACUUUGUGGUCGAUCUCAACACAUAUCCAACGACCCUCUUCAACUUCAUUGUCAUCGGCGGACUAGUCCUCAUCCGACGACGUCGUCGACGACUCAACUUACCCACAGCCGAUUACCGUGCUUGGGAUAUCGCAAUUGCAUUUUCGCUGUUGACGAAUGCGUACAUGUUGAUCGUUCCAUGGUACCCACCCACUCAAGGAGCGAAUGGAGGUGAUGUGAGUUUCUGGUAUGGAACUUAUCUAGUCGUUAGCAUAGGCCUACUUGUUCUGAGUGGCAUCUACUACUAUGUCUGGGUGAUACUUCUGCCGAAGUGGAAAGGCUAUGAACUUCGUCAGACAGUCCUGGAGUUUGAAAAUGGUUCUAUUUCACAUAAAUUGGUCAAGGUUCCGAAUGAGGAACUGGCUCGUUGGGAUGAAGAGCAUGAUGCUAUUGGUCAUCUAAGACAUCGGAAUGGACAUAGACAUGCAUCUAGUGAUGGAUUUUGA